CGUAAAGAGGGGGGCCUUGGGACUCAACGUGUACCGCCAAAAUUCAAGUGAGAAGAACAGCGGCAGUAAGUUGGUCGAUCCCGUACUUACUGUAACAUCUAUAUUCAUCCAAAUACCGUAAGCAGUGCUCAGAAGGAGCUAGACAGGGGUCGGCUGUGAAAUGCACAUCAAGUCAAUCGUCAUCGAAGGAUUCAAAUCCUACGCACACCGGACAGAGAUCAACGGCUUCGACCCUCUCUUCAAUGCCAUCACUGGUCUAAACGGGAGCGGCAAGUCGAACAUCUUGGACUCCAUAUGUUUUCUCCUAGGCAUUACCAACCUUUCCCACGUUCGAGCUUCCAACCUUCAGGACCUCGUCUACAAAAAUGGACAGGGUGGUAUCACCAAAGCCACUGUGUCCAUCACAUUUGACAACUCGAACAAAAGCCAGAGUCCUUUGGGAUUUGAGACCCACGAUGAAAUCACAGUCACCAGACAGGUUGUAAUCGGUGGCCGGAACAGGUAUGUCAUCAAUGGUGUCAAUGCUAACAACACCAGAGUUCAAGACCUGUUCUGCUCUGUUGGCCUCAAUGUCAACAACCCACAUUUCCUCAUCAUGCAGGGAAGGAUCACCAAAAUUCUGAACAUGAAGCCACCAGAGAUCCUUGCUAUGAUCGAAGAAGCUGCAGGGACCAGGAUGUACGAGUGUAAAAAGAUUAGUGCUCAGAAGACCAUUGAGAAGAAAGAAGCCAAGCUGAAGGAGAUUCACACUAUUCUGGAUGAAGAAAUUACUCCAACCAUGCAGAAACUACAAGAGGAGCGAUCGUCGUACCUGGAGUACCAAAAACUGAUGCGUGAGAUCCAACACCUGUCACGCUUGUACGUGGCCUGGUUGUUUGUGUGCGCUGAGGAGACCAAGGUGAAGUCUGCAGAGAAUCUGAAAGUGAUGCAGGACAACAUUGCUAAGAUGCAAGCAGCCCUGACCGAGAACGAAAGCAAAGUACGGGAGCUCUCGGCCCAGAUUGAGCAACUGGAGGCCAAAAGAAACCAGGAAGUGAAUGGCGUAUUAAAAUCUCUGGAGGAAACACUGGCCAACGUGCAGCGCGUGGAUGCCAAAGCUCAAAGUGCCCUGGAUCUGAAAAAACAGAACCUUGAAGAUGAAACCAAGAAGAGGGAAGAGCUUGUCAAGAAUAUGCAGGAGGACAAGAAGAUGCUUUUGGUGAAAGAAAAAGAGGUGUCCAAGGUGAUGGAGAAACUCCAGGCUCUAAAGGAGGAAGGCCAGAAGGACAGCGCAGACCUGGAGGCAGCAGAGCAACAUUUUAAGGCUGUGUCUGCCGGCCUGUCUACCAAUGAGGAUGGAGAGGAGGCCACGCUGGCCAGUCAGAUGAUGGCCUGCAAGAAUGACAUAAGUAAGGCUGAUACUGAGGCCAAACAGGCACAAAUGACGCUUAAGCACACUCAGGCUGAGCUGAAGACCAAGCAGGCCGAGGUGAAAAAGAUGGACAGUGGCUAUAAAAAGGACCAGGACAGCCUACAGGUUAUCAGAAGCAGCAGAGAGAAAUUAGAGGCUGAGCUUGCCAAACUCAAAUAUGAAGAUGGGAAGGAGGAAAGUCUUCUGGAGAAGAGGAGACAGCUGUCCAGAGAGGUUGCUCAUCUUAAAGAGACCUAUGAGCGGCUUGUGUCUCGCUUCCCGAACCUGCGCUUUGACUACAAAGACCCUGAAUCAGGAUGGAACCGCAGCAAAGUGAAGGGGCUGCUGGCGAACCUGAUCUCAGUCAGCGAUGUUUCUUAUGCGACCGCCCUAGAGGUGGUAGCCGGAGGACGACUGUAUAACAUUGUCGUCGACACAGAGGUGACUGGUAAAAAGCUGCUGGAAAAGGGCGAGUUGCAGCGGAGGUACACCAUCAUUCCACUGAACACUAUUUCAGCUAAGACGCUGGAUGACAGAGUGGUCAAAGCUGCCAAGAACCUGGUGGGAGAAGACAAUGUCCACACAGCGCUGUCCCUGGUGGGCUACGAAUCUGACGUACGCAAAGCCAUGGAGUACGUGUUUGGCUCCACGAUGGUGUGCGACACCCUAGACAACGCCAAGAGGGUGGCUUUUGACAAGCGGGUGAUGACCAAGACCGUCACUCUUGGAGGAGACAUUUUUGAUCCACAAGGAACUCUGAGUGGAGGAGCCCGCUCACAGUCUGCAUCUGUGCUGUCCAGCCUGCAAGAGGUGAAGCAGGUUCAGAGCGACUUGAAUGUAAAAGAAGCCCAGCUGAGGGAAAUAGAGCAACAACUGGCCAGCCUGAAGGGAACCGCUGACAAGCACCGCCAACUGAAGCAGCAGCACGAGCUGAAGGUGGAGGAGGAGCAGAUUUUGCAAGCCAAGCUGCAGCAGAGCUCCUUCCAUCAGCAGCAGGAGGAGCUGGAGAGGCUGCGCAAAGCCAUCGAGGAGAGCGAGGAGACUCUGCGUGUUACCAAGGAUGUGCAGAAACGUGCAGAGGAGAAGUACAAAGUGCUGGAAGACAAGAUGAAGAAUGCAGAAUUAGAGAGAGAGAAGGAACUGAAAGCUGCCCAGAAGAAGCUCAACGCAGCCAAGGCCAAAGCAGACGCCUUCAACAAGAAUCUCAAACAGAAGCAGCAGGAGUCUGAUGCUGUGGCCUUGGAGCUGGAGGAGCUGCAGAGGGAGCAGACUGGUUAUGAGCAGCAGAUUCAAGCUGUGGAUGAGGCCACCAAGGCUAUCAAGGAGCAGAUUGACAGCAUGGCAUGCACAGUGUCUCAGAACAAGGAGGCAGUCCAAAAGGCCCAGGAGGAACUCGCCAAGCAAAAGGAAAUCAUCAUGGCUCAGUUUAAAGAAAUGAAGGGUAAGACCAUGGAGGCCAAUAAGAUCCGAGAGCAAAACAACGAAGUUCAGCUGAAGAUUAAGGAACUUGAACACAACGUCAGUAAACACCACAAAGACAGCCAGAAUGCAUCUGAUGAGGUGGCUCGCAUGCUGGAGGAACAUGAUUGGAUCCAGUCCGAGCGCCAGUUCUUUGGCCAGCCCAACUCUUCUUAUGACUUUAAGAUCAACAACCCCCGCGAGGCCGGCCAGCGGCUCAAGAAGCUCCAGGAAACCACCAACAGGCUGGAGAGGAACGUCAACAAACGCGCCAUGAACAUGCUGAAUGAAGCAGAGGAGAGGUACAAUGACUUGAUGAAGAAGAAGAGGAUCGUGGAGAGCGACAAGACAAAGAUCUUGCAGACCAUUGAGGAACUGGACCAGAAAAAGAAUGAGGCUCUGAAUUUGGCCUGGCAGAAGGUCAACAAGGACUUUGGUUCCAUUUUCUCCACCUUGCUACCAGGAGCCACGGCUAAGCUAGCACCCCCACAGGGCUGCGGCGUCUUGGAUGGCUUGGAGUUCAAGGUGGCUCUCGGAACUACUUGGAAGGAGAACCUGUCGGAGCUGAGUGGGGGGCAAAGGUCUCUGGUGGCCUUGUCACUCAUCCUGGCCAUGCUGCUCUUCAAGCCUGCUCCCAUCUACAUCUUAGAUGAGGUGGACGCCGCACUGGACCUCUCGCACACACAGAACAUCGGGCAGAUGCUCCGCGCACAUUUUAGACACUCUCAGUUUGUGGUGGUGUCCCUCAAGGAUGGCAUGUUCACCAACGCCAACGUCCUCUUCAAGACCAAGUUCGUGGAUGGCAUGUCCACCGUGACGCGCAGUGCCCUCAACCAGAGCGAUGCCAACCUCCCCCACAAAGGUCACGACAAGGCACGAGCCAAAGACAGGAGGGUGAAGUAGCUUCCAUCCUUGUCACACAUUUUGUUAAUUUGUCCUUUUUUGUACGAUAAAGCCUGAAUAACAUAUGGCUGUUACUUUUAUAGCGCUCUUCACCUAAAACUUUGUAUUUCACCUCUCUUACUUUGUCUUUUCCAGUCAUGACUUUUGCUCCUUUUACGUGUUUUCAUGUUAAUAAAAGACAUCAAAUGUUGAGAUUGUAA